CUCGUAAUCUCCGGUUCCGGACACAUUGGCGCUUUAGCUCUUGAUUACCGUGAAUCGAAACUGCACUUUCUCUCCAGCCGAGCUCCAGGUUUGAUUCCACUGGUUACAAGCUGACAGUCCGGCGUUGGGAUCAACACUUAACCGUUCACCCUCCGGGAUGUCUUACCUGGAGAAGCCAGCCCCAGGGAGGCUGUUGCUGGACGACACAGUUCCCCUGACGGCGGCAAUCGAAGCAAGCCAGAACCUGCAGUCCCACACGGAAUACAUCAUCCGUGUCCAGAGGGGAGUGUCCUCAGAGAACAGCUGGCAGGUAGUGCGGCGCUACAGUGAUUUUGACGCUCUCAACAACAGCCUGAUGGUGUGCGGUGUCAGCCUUCCUCUCCCGCCUAAGAAGCUGAUCGGAAACAGGGACCGGGAGUUCAUAGCAGAAAGGCAGAGAGGCCUGCAGGCCUACCUGGAUGCCAUUACCCAGCAUCCUUUGCUCUGCAGCGCUCUGCCUGUCAAGAAGUUCCUGGACCCAGACAACUACGCUGCCAACUACACAGAGAUUGCCCUGCAGCAGGUCUCCAUGUUCUUCAGGUCAGACCCCAACUGGGAAGUUCUGGAGCCUCUCAGAGAUGUUGGCUGGAGGAUCAGGAAGAAAUAUUUCCUCAUCAAAAACAAAGAACAAAGCAAAGAGCGGUAUAUGCUGAGCUGGGUGGACCUGGGCCCUGAUAAGUUCCUGUCAGACAAAGACCUGCACUCUGCCAUGAAGCUGCUCACCAGCCUCUCGAGUCCGUACAUGUCUCCAUUGUUUUUCUCCAGCACCAGUGAGUCUUCAGCACUUCUCAUCAGGCCUUUCAAUGAGGCCGGCUCACUCAGAGACCACAUUUGUAAGGUUCUGGAUGUUUCCGGAGCAUCUGUGCUGCAGGCGGCGGUGCCCAACUGUCAGGUGGUUCUGCUGGACAACUGUGGUCAUACAAUAGCGUUGGAGCGGCCCAGAAAGGCCGCCAAGCUCGUCAUGGACUUCCUGUCUGUACAGAAAGUCGACAGCAAAGACGCUAAAAAACAUUCUUGACGUUCUGCACUGGAAAAUGAUUUCUGUCUAGGAAAGGAGUCAAUCAGAUCAAUUAAAAAAGGAAGGGCUGUUUUGUUAUAAACAGUGUUGGGAGUAAUGGCGUCAUUAAUGCACUGUUUUGCAGUAAAGAGUAAUCUAAUUAAUUACUAUUUCAAAUGUUACGCCAUUAUUGUUACCGACAAUGAAAUGUGGCACAUAAUUAUGUCUUGAUAUCGAUAUCAGCGGUGUGGACUCAGUCGCCAUUGUUCACUACGAUCACACAGGACGCUAAAUAGCGAGUCAACAAGAGUUGUUCACUCUCAGGAAAACACUCCCCCCUGGCGUUCUGGUAGAGAAUUGCAAGUCACGAGCUCAGAUGAACUCCUCUCAUGAAAUCUCUUAUCUCUCAACUGCAAAAUCCAAAUUAUUUUAUACAUUUGAAGGUUUUUCAAAAUAAGGUAAUGCAUUAACUACUUUUCCUGGUAACUGAUAAGUACAUUUAUGAAGGAGUAAUUCCGUUCAUAAUUACAUUACUUUUUGGGGUAAGUAACUAGUAACUGUAACCAGGGGCGCUGCUUGUCACCAGGCAAGGCAGGUAUCUGCUUGGGGCCCCAGCCCAAUUGGGGGCCCUGAAAGGCUGCAGACUGUGAACUUCUACCACAGUGGUGCUAUGCAAAAGGGAUGGAUCGCCUUUGACUAAAACUAAUCACACACAUCCCAGCGGUCUUCAUCCGCGCAUGUGAACAUUGGAACACACAAGCGGCAGCGCCAGUGAUACAGAACUACUUCUCUCCACCACAAAAACCGACCAGAACCUGGCUCACGGGGCGAAGUGGGAGUAAAGUCACUGUUGUUGCACUACACUGCUGAUGGGAAUGUCAUCCAACUUCAUGUCAAAAAAUCCGAACUAUCCCUUUAAGUCAUUUGCCCAACACUGGUUAGAAAUGGUGAUAAAGUUGAUUUAGUGAAUGAAAGUUGUAAUGGAAGAAGUCUCCAUGAACAGUGUUUCCGUUUAUGCAAUUUAUGAAGGUUUGAUAUUAUGAUUGUACACACAGAGAUGUUUUUUUUUUACAUUUCUUUUAACACAUUUAUUUCAGUUGUAUCUCUUGAAUUAUGUUUUAUUUCCAUUUAUGGAAACAGAAAAAAACUGUUUUUAAAUGAUGAAGUUUUUUCAAUAUACUGUGUGUAUUGACUUAAAUAAAUACAAUGUAUGAGAAAAAGCA